UUUCUCGCGCGCCGUGAUUGGCUAGGUUCAGAGCAGAAGAUGUCAUGGAAACCCAAGACGAAUUAGGCACGAAUUUCUCGCAUCAUAGCAAGCCUGGCCUGACUUAAGCCUCCAUAAUUAUAAUAUUCUUUGGAAAGAGAGGUAUUGCCAGUAUUUAUCGGCAGAGUUCUGGCAUUAUUGGUUGAAGCAACUCGAUUUUCAUGGUGAAAUCUCUGUUUUGGUAGGAUAAUGAACGACGAAAUUUCCUUGGUAGUGCAAGCAGGAAAGAUGUUGUAAGAAGGAGAGCGAGCAAGUGACCAGUCAAAAAACGUCGUAGAGGUCGGAUUAUCACAGUGAGCUUGAUACCUUGCUACGAUCAUGACGGGGCGCAGUGUUACAAGAGCCAGCCUCGGCAGGGAAGCCCAGCUGGGAGACCUGUACGAUAUCAGGACAGAGAAAUUUCUGAAUGAAUCAUUAUUCAUUUCAAAACUGGAAGAGGAUAUGGUAGAAACCAUGGACAUUGCCGAGACGGAGAUAGAGAUAACAUCGUCGGAUAGUUUAGAGGAGAAGUGCAAGAUACUUGAUGUAGAAGACGAACUACAGUUAAGUGUUGCUGUCGGAAUGUUGGAACUUAGUGGUUCAGGGGCUUUCCUUGGGGACGAGCGGAGGAGUGCCAGGACCGAAAGCAAGAGCCUCAUCUACAAGCUGAGUACUGUCAAUGAAGAGGUAAUGCUUCGCCAGAACAAAGAUAUCAUUGACAAGGAGGUGUUGUCCGGUACGAAUCCCGAUGCGACGCACGUCGUAGUAGGUAUUGAUUGGGGGGCUCAGUGUACAAUCAGUUGUGAGUAUGAGAAUGAUGAAAAUGAUGUUUCCGAUGUAACAGAAAAAAUGGAUAGCGGGCUUGAAAAAAUUAAAGAUAUCCUUAAUGCAAAGGAAGGGGUAAACGUCUUAGAUGAUGAUAGGGAUACAAAUGAUACAGACACGGAUGAUCGGAAAGAGCUGUAUAAGUACAGGGCCGACGUUUUAACUAGCGUUAAUUUCAUUCCCACCAUGUAUGAGGGAGCAGCUGAGCUUGCAAGGUCUUUACCCACACUUCUGAAAAAUACUGAGAGUAGGAAAGGGGUCCCUAUCAAGUAUUAUCUCACGUCCCUAGAAACUGUCAGGAAAAAGAUCAGGGUCAAAGCAACUAAAGACAUAACCUGCAAUGAUGUUGAUGAAUGCAUCGUGCAGAAGUGUGCACAGUUCUUAGAAAAGGUAAAGGGGAAAACCCAAAAAGUGUAUGACAUAUACCAUGAGAUGACUCUAAAUGGAACAUUCAUUUCCGAUGAAGCCCUUGAGAGAAUUGAUAUUGUCUGGGAAGAGGUCACCCAGAAGGAAUCCCGUUUCAAAACCGAUCUACAGGAAAUGAUUAUAAGGGUGAGAUCGGGGGAAGAUGCACAGAGUGUCCUCGAAGAGUUCCUGAGUAAGGUGGACUCUGAAGAAGUGUCUGCUUCAAAAUACGAGAAGGAAUUUGAACCAUACUUGCAGAAAGUCAGAUUCAUUGGGUCAAUGCUUAGCCAGGGAGUCCGGUGCAUCGGUAAGAACGAUGAACUUGUGACAGAUGCAAAGGAAAACACCUUUGUUUUUUAUAUUCCUAGUAACAGCGAUUUUGAUUCUGUCGAGAAAAAUCGAGAGUUUCUCCUGCGCCUCUUGUCUACAUUCUCAAUGGAUGAGAUGAAUGAGUUCAUUGUGGUAGACCAGGAGGUUGUUUUAAGCCAUGUAUGGUCAGAUAAAGUGAAGAGGCCAACUAUCGCCAAAUACGUAGAUGGCAUACUUAAAUCUGAAGACCUCUAUGAAGAACAGGGUCAACACCUAGAGAUGUGUAUGAUUCAACUUGCAGGUCCAAUCACAAAGAAUUCUGCCCCUAGACAGCGAGCAAUGGUCAAACUAAGAUGCCCUAAUGCUAUCGCCGGAAAUGGAAGAUGUGCUGGUGACCCGUCCAAAUGGAGGUGUUUGAAAUGCGGGCAGCCGGUCGAGUAUGGCCCAACUUCCAAAAUGUUUUACUGCAAAUGCGGAGAGUCGAAUCCGAAGGAUUCACGGUUUCGCUGCAAUGAUCCACAUCAUGGUUUGAAAUUUAUGAUGUACCCAAAGAACCUGCUCAGAGAUGACCUUUCCCAGCUGAAGCCAAUGAAAGAAGUCAACAUUCUCAUCCUAGGUGAGACAGGUGUUGGUAAAUCAACGUGGAUCAAUGGGAUUCAGAACUAUCUGUCAUUCGCCAAUUUAUCCGAGGCAAUGAAUUCUCAAGACUUCCCUGUCUUGAUCCCAUCAUCUUUCACCUUAACACAGAAUGGUGUACAAAAGAAAAUCAAAAUAGGGACAGAUGAUCCUAACGAGGUCCAGGAAACUGGAAAAUCAGCAACAAAGGAACCGCGGUCAUAUGUCUUCACCGUGGGUGACAUACGACUGCGUCUAAUUGACACACCUGGAAUUGGCGAUUCCGGAGGAGUGGAGAAGGAUGAAAUCAAUAUGAAAAAUAUUUUGUCCCAUCUCAUGUACUACUCCGAGAUUCAUGCAAUAUGCAUACUCCUGAAGCCGAACAAUGCGCGGCUGACAGUCAUGUUCCGAUUCUGCAUCCAAGAACUGCUUGUCCAAUUCCACAAUUCUGCCAAGAGAAACAUUGUGUUCUGUUUCACGAAUGCCCGCCAGACAUUCUACCAGCCAGGUGAUACAUUACCAGCUCUUAAUGAAGAGCUAGCCAAGAAGAAUGUCGGAAUUCAAGCUACGAAGGAUACCUACUUCUGUUUUGAUAACGAACCUUUUCGUUUUCUAGCAUGUAUAAAGAACGGUGUUACCUUCGGCGAUGGAGAAAUCGCCACCUACUCGUCCAGCUGGGACAAGUCUGUAGAGGAAACGAGACGUCUUCUGAAGUACAUUGAAUGUCACUUGAAGCCGCACAGAGUUAAAGAAACUCUAGGCAUGAAUGAGGCUAGAAGGAUCAUCAUAGCCAUGAGUAAACCCUUAGCAGAGGUGGGCAACGCAAUCAAUCACAAUCUUGAUGCAGCAAAAGAAAUUAAAGCCAAAAUUGGUCAUGCAGAUACUGAAAUGAUCUCUUUGAGGAAAGAGUUGAAAUUCAAAGGAUAUGACCUGGAACGAAAGGAACUGGGCUAUCCCAGAACAGUCUGUGCUGCCCCUGAGUGUGUCAAAUACGUCCCAGUUGGACAGACAAAGGUACAGAACACGGUUUAUGAGACCAUUUGCCACCCGCACUGUUACCUUGAAGGUGUGCCAAUCGAAACAACCGGUAAUCCACAACUUGCUAAAUGUUGGGCCAUGACUAACCAAUACUGUCGUAUCUGCACGCACAGCUACCAGCAGCAUAUGCACUUGACAUACGAAAUACAAUUAAAAGAGAAGGAGUUUCUGUCAACUCAAGCUCAACAACAACUCAAUGCCAUACACGACACAAAAACAAAGAAGGAAGCAUUUAUAAAUGAAAUCAACAAGAAAGUUGAAGAAUUGAAAGCUGAACAAAAGAUCAUCAUGGCAACUGGAGCAAAGUUUGGGUCGUUUCUGAAAGCAAAUGCGCUCAUUACAUACAAUGACGCCGUAGAGGAAUACCUUGAAAUGUGCAUUAAGCAAGAAAAGGCAAAACCAGUCACACUUCGAAAAGAAAGUGUGCUAGAGAACAUGACUAAAAUGAAAGAAGAGUACAAGAAACAAAUAGAGAUUCUUGACAACGCUAUCGCUGGGGGAGCUAACGAAAAUAUCAAAACACCAGAACAAGUAAAGGAAUUUCAAGAAGAUCUCUUUAAGCUGAAACAUUUUGGUGGCACCCUGAGAAAGUUGUUUGAAGAGAUUUCUCUCCUUCAUACAGCCAGGGGCGUACCAUACGAAGUGGUACAUGCCCAAGCUCCAAAAAGAACAUAUCGGAAGAAGAACAGGUACAGUAGGUGGGAUGCAGUUACAAACUAUGUUGGUCAUCUUGUGCCUUGGCGUAAGACAGUGUAUAAUGUAUAAGAAAAUGAGAUCUGGUCUGUCGGAUGUACUAAAUGCAACACCGAUCAGAAGAGCUAAAACAACAUCCAAAGAAGGGACCAAAGUCGAAUGGGUGAUCGAACAAAGGCCUAAAUGACCACGAUUGUAAUACUAGUUAGUCCUUCCGGAAAUAUCAAAGAAAGGAAAUUGCAAAAAUAUGUUGAAGCAGAAAAUCAUGUAUUUUUCCGUGUUCUUUCGACUGAUAUGUUUACAUUCAUUACGUUCAUCAAUAUUUAGGCAGACCGGCGGGGGUGUGAAAUCAGUUAUUCAUUGUGGCUGGCCCCCAUAGUUUGAGGAGGAAGGGAAAGAAGAGUGCCACGCUAUAAAAAAAAUGAACAUACAGUUACAAUUCUUGCACUUCCUGGUGAUAGUAACUGCCGAGAAGACCUCAAUGUCAAGCAAUAUAUGGGCUUUGCCACGAUAGAGUAUCAUGGCUAAACCGACCCGAGUGACCUAAGUGUAUUCCGCUUUGCUAGACGAAAGCUACAGACUUGCAGAAUACAGUUUGCAAUACUAUUUGUCAACCCCAACGUCAACUUAAUGGUGGCCCACUUGAUACAAGUUCUUAUCGCAUUGUAAAGAAUGGUAUUUUUACGAUAACGGUAACUGAAGGCUUUUUUGCAGGUGUUUCUGCAUUUAUUGAUAAUUCAAUACAUGAAUCACACUCACAGUAAUCAUAAUGCAUAUAAACAAAUACAAAAAUAGAUGAUAGAAUUACAAAUUGUGACAAUUACAUAAUAGAAGAAUAAUUAACAUAGAUAUACAUGUAAGCAAUAACAAAUAAAACAAAAUGUAGUGGCCAGCUAUCAUAAGCAAAAUGCUUGAGAGAAUAGCAGCCAGGGUAAGGGUAAGCGACGCAAUGAACACCCCUCUGCUUAGAUUGCUGGACAUUAUACAUGUUAUAUCACAAUUAUCACAUCGCUACCAUUUUCAAAACCUUGCUCCAAAAUCUAGGAUCGGACAAAAUUGGGGAGUUUGUUCCCCUGUUUUUAUGUUAUCAACCGACCCAUAUCAUCAGUAGCUUUAAUCAAUCACCUGUGUCUGGCGAUUGCAGUAUUCUAAGGUCUGAACUAAUUAUACAAGUUUCGGUUGCGUCAUUCGAUCUUGUUGUGAUCUCUUUGACCAUGCUUUGGCUUAGAACAGGUCUUAUCGUUUACACUUUUGAAACAGGUUCAAUCAUUUAACACUACCUGGGUCUCUCAAGUGAUUUUUUUUUACUCAUUCAUCUUUCCAUCAUGUUAAUUCAGUUCAGAGCCUCGUGAUGUUCACGAACAUGUUGUUACUGGAACAAUGAUUUCGAACAUUUAUUAAAUUACAAUUCCUUAUAGUUCAGAUUUAUUUUCUUUUUCAUUUUUGUGGUCGAAACUGCUAAUUUGUUUUCGGUCGGUAUAGAAACAUGAUACACGAUGAAUAGACUGUAUUGAGAUAACAACUAAGAAUGUAAAUCUCGAACAUGCUGUGUGUGUGUAUAUAUAAAUAGUUCAUCUCGUGUAUUUUUGGUAACCUUUCGUUGUAUUUUGCAUAUUUGAUAUUUAUUAAUUUUUUCGCAUAUGCACACAGAAGAGGUAUGAUGUAUUUGUAGAAAAUAAAUCAAUAAAAUGUAUAUUCUAUUGUUUUAGGUGUAUUCAUGAUUCCACUCUUUUUUGAUAUGUAAAUAAGUCAUAUUUUGUUUUGGUUUUUUAUACAUACAAAAAUAAAGACAAUGAAAAUGUAUCUGUAACACCAGGUUAUACAUGUUAUAGGAUAUGUUCCUUUUUUAUAACUUGCAAGCUUGAAUUACAUACCAAGAUAUCAAAUAUUGCGUAUCACGGAAAGGAAAAAAGGUACAUGUCACAUCAUUAUAUGACAGUUGUUUUUAUUUUGUUAUUAACUUAAGGAAUUAGUUUUUCCGUGCUUACCCUUAUUAUCCCUGAUGAAAUAAUGGUAUCCAUAGCAGAUAAUCAGAGAUUGUAGAAUGAAGAUGUAAGUAAAAGCACGAUCCGUUCUAGAUGGAACCCUGAGAAUAACAGAAACUUGAAAAGUUCGUCUUUCAAACAGGUUCUAUUCAGGCUCCUAUUUAAUAGUUUUUUUUUUAUUAUAAUAGCAUAAGAUAUAUUUGUAUUCAAACGAUUACUGUCACUCAAUCAGGUUGAAGAAUUUCAGCAGCUUUUAUCUGUUAUUUCAUAUUUGUUAUUUACAAGUUUUAUGAAACGGAGUCCAAGUCUAUGAUUUUUGUUGUAUGUUCUAACAUAUUUUUAAGAAAGCAUCAGACCUGUAGGCCUCUGUUAAUGUUGACGAAAUAAUUGGAAUAUAUUGAUAACUGUUUAUUGCAGCAUAUUUUUAGCAAGUUUACUAAACAUGUAUCACAUAUAUCACAAGAACUAGUAAGAAUUAUCUUUGAGAUAUACAGUGCGUCCCCAAAAAAACUAUACACUUUUGAAAUGGUUGCCAAA